AUGGACACGGAGGAGGAGAUCAACGCCAGGGUCCUCUGCCUCUCCACGGAGGAGGAGAUCAACACCAGGGUCCUCUGCCUCUCCACGGAGGAGAUCAACGCCAGGGUCCUCUGCCUCUCCAGAAUGGACACGGAGGAGGAGAUCAACACCUGGAGAGUCACGUCUGACUCGCCUGUGUACACCCAGCAGGUGGAGAUCAGCCUGGAGCAGUCGGAGGAGUCCCAGAAGAGGGCCGCCGCUGCUGCCGCCGAGGCCAAGGCCCCCAGACAGAGACCCGUGUGGCUGACGGAGAGCACCGUGCAGGGAGCGUACAGCGAGGCUGAUACACACGACAACACAGCUGCGGAGGUGGGGGCGGGCUCUGCGGAUGACGGACAGAGUCACGGGCCAGCGAAGGACGAGAACGAGGAGGUGAUGCGUGCGCUGCUCAUCCACGAGAAGAGGGGCGCGGCGGCGGCGGCCUCCUCCGCUCCGGCCGUGGCGGCCCUCAACCCCCGCAACGCCCACAACAUCCCGGCGGCCAAUCACAGCGACUCGGACAGCGACACCAGCGAAUCGGACGAGGAGGCGGGCUCUCGGCUGCAAGGGCUGCCGACGGCGACGGCGGCGGCCUCCUCGGCGUCUCGGGGUCCUGCGGCUGCUGCCAUGGCGAUGGACGAGGACGAGGACGAGUUCGAGGAGGUGUCUGAGGAGCCCACGGUGCACGUCGGGGGGAGGGCCUACUCCUACAGCGAGGUCAGCCAGAAGCCAGAGCUGGUGGAGCUCAUGAGCGCGCAGGAGAAGGAGGCCUACAUCGAGAUGGGGCGCAACCUGUUCCAGGACAUGUACUUCUGAACACAUACCAUACACACACACACACACACACACACACACACACACACACACACACACA